AUACUUUUAAGAUGAAGGAUAUUGGUGAAGUAGAUUAUAUCCUUGGGAUGAAAGUUGAGCCUGAUAGAGUAGCGGGGAAGGUAAGAGUAUUGCUAUUCCUAUGGAUGCAAAUUAAAAAUUAUCCAAGGAGUUUUUCCAUUAAUGAGAUGAAGGAAAUAUCUUAUCAAGCGGCAAUUGGCUGUUUAAUAUAUGCAGCACCUGAUAUUUCUUACGCAAUUCGAGCUUAAGUUCAACAAAAAUCCAGAGAAAGUUCACUGGGCAGCGGUCAAGCGCGUUUUUCGUUAUAUCAAAGGAACUUUACACUUUAAGUUUGGGUUCAAGAGAAACGAUGAAGACACGAAAGCUUUCACCGACACUGAUUGGGCCAACGAUUUUGAUAAUCGACGGUCCACCACUGUUUACAGUUUCUUAAUGGAAGUGUCUCAUGUUCCAAGAGUUAGGCAAGAAAUUGUUUGGUUAAAGAAAUUGUCGUCGGAAAUUUGUGAGGCAGAAAAAAAUGCAGUUCCAGUGGGGAUAAAGGAAAGACUCUUUGUUUUUUCAAUUAGAUCAAGUUAGUUUGAGUUUGUCAGACACCUCACUCCAUGAUCGUUAUUGUUCUUUUGGUAAUAAACUUAUUAAUUACAUUAGUAAUACGCAGAUUUUUGCCAUGUAGUUAGGUAUAGAAACAUACCAGGAAGUCAACAUUUUUGAGGAAGUAAGGGAAGUGCGAUGUAAAAGGUUUUCCCCUUAGAUCACCUUAUCUAGAAUUGAGAAGAAAAACUACCCCUUCCAAUUUGCUGAUGAUCUUCGCGCACAUUACCAAAGCAAUUUGUAAGAACUUGAACUGAUGACAUCAGUGGGAGAGUUCACACCUACCCCUCUUAAACUUUUACUGCUAGUGUUGUGACACUAGCUCUUCAUAAUUGAAUGAUGAGAGUUUUUGUAAAUAGAUGAGGUAACAGUAGCCUUCGGCGGAACGAAGUAGGUCCCAUUUCAGACACGUUCAACUCAUAAAUCUCCAAAUCGGCCAAUAGGACGUUACCUAACAAAUCCUGCCGAUUUCCGUUCUUCUCCCAAAUCGGAACGACGUUUUCUAAUUUAUUCAAAUCCAUUUACGAUGCGUAAUAUGUCACAGUAAUACCAUUUGAUAUGAAUAACCUUCGCGUGUACAUCGUUGCAUGGAGCAAAAUGUUAUAUGAAACUGAAAAAACCAACACCGCAACCUUCGCGGAUCUAAUCAAGAUCGGCGAUAAUGAAACGCAUUCGAAAAAAUUUUGUUUAUACAAAAUGUACGCGGAAACUGGGACACUCUGCAUACAGGUGCUUGAGGAGGCGGCGUCCAAGAACAAUGCAAUGAUGCAACAAAUACCCGGCAUACAAAUUGUGCCUGCUACCUUCAUUAACUUUUCCACGAGUUUAGUUAUGCAUUAGAUCUCGUCGUAAAGCGGCUCUUUUUAGAGUUUUCGAAAAAGUCGCCGACGCCCAUUACGCAAUUGUAGUAAUAACAGAAAACAAACUCGGUGGAACGCCAUUAACUUUAAAUAAUUGUACUAAGGUACAAAGGUGUGUGUGAUGUUUUUCAAAUUAUAAACUCAAGGUCUAAAAGCAGUACAGUUUGUAAUACGGUCCUGUAAUUAAUUAGCCGUGAAGUACCUCAGUUUCCUUUAUUAGAAAAACCGUCGCGUACUCUGCCCAUAAAUAAUUAACGGCUCAUUAGUUAAUAAAUGGACGUUAUGAAAUUGAGAACGGACGUCGGUCGCGUAUCCGAAAGUUAUGCGGGAUUAUAAAUGAAUGUAUCGAAGGAACGAACGAGCUCAGCUUCUGUGAUAUUUUGGCGAUGAUAGACUUAUAGUUAAGGUGUUUAGACUGAUAGUGCCAUGUUGAAUGGUGGUGAUCGUAAUCGUGGUGGACCCCCAUGGUCCAAAAAAGCGUCAAGUUUCGCCACCAAGUCGCGUUUUUUAUGUGUCUCAAGUUGUUAUUGACCAAUCUUUUCUUACGCAGGUGGAGCCGGGGGAGACUUUCGCCACUGUGAAAGAAGAAGAAUGGGUUAGCAAAAAAAAGACUGAGGUGACGAACACAAAGCAAAUCGAAACUCGAGUCAAACGCCAAGUGGUCUUGGAAGAUGGAAAGGUCGUCGAGGAUUCCGGUCCAGUGGUCACCACCAACACCACCGAGGAUACCGAAACACAGAGUUAUCAUCAAACCGAGUUACGCAAACACGGCGACGAUGAUAAGGAUAAGGAAACGGCGGCGCUGGAAAACGGGGGCGAGGAGAAAAUUGCAAUUUUAGACAAGGCAGUGGCCGUGCCCAAUCCGGAUGGGCUCGUCAGGGAGGUGAAGGAACGACGUGUUAUAUCCAGGGAGGAAAUUGACGAUGUAAAGGAGACUGAAGAUGUACAACAUUUGGGGGACAUAACGGAUGAGUCGAAUACAGUGCCAAUUAAGUGGGCUGAAUAUUCGUAGUUCCAUGAUUGUCAUCGACUUGGCGUUUACUUAUAAAAAUCACCGUCUUUGUAAAUAACAUAACUUCGAUUGAAGAAGAAAUACACCCUCCAUUUAGUGGCUUGUUGCAGAAGCAGAAAAAGUUGGUUACUGAAAAAUCCAAAAGCCUAUUAUGAAGAAUAUGAAAGGUGGUUGGCGUGGACGAAUAGGGAGCAUCAUUUAAAAAAAGUCUUCGCUGCAUCGUUAAUGCUGGCACAUAUGAGGGAAAGACAUCUGUUGCAUUUCCAGAGAACGAAAGUCCCAGAUUAUAAUUUUUUAUGUCAUAUUUGAAGUAACGUUAUCGUGGGAGAGAAUACCUAUCGGAGAAAUUUUCCAUUGUCCAAGAAACUUAUGCGAUAGGUAUUCUCGCACGACUAGGGCGUUGUGCACGGGUGCACCAUUCU